AUGUACACCCAAUACAAGCUAUUGGAUCUGAUGGAGGGGAAGGAGAAGAUGCCGGAGGCCGCGGAGUUGAAAGGAGCGUGGAUGAAGCGAUCGUUUGACGCGUACAUGCUCAUGGUGCAAGCGGUUGGCGGACGACAACUUGACCACAUCAGGGACCGCUUAGGUGAUCCAGAGUAUGGCCCCAAGGCUUGGAGGAAGCUUUUGGAUGUGCACUCACCGACACAUGCUACUGGCAUCGUGCUACUCGCGCGGCGGCUGCGCGACAUCAAGUUCGUUGAUGAAGAGCCGAUGCAACCGGUGUUGGAUGAAAUGCGGGACAUCUUCACGAAGCUCCAAGGUGGCGGUGUGGUGUACCCAGAGCUCGUGCAAUGCAUGGAGAUCGUGAUACGGCUGUCGGAGUCGUGGUCUGCCCUAGCGAUCAACCUCAACUCUCAACAGCCCCAGUGGAGCGCGGAUUGCAUUCGCGCGCGCAUCCUUGAGGAGGACUUGCGGCGACGGAGUGUGGAGCGCUCGGAGGAGGGGGCUGGUUAUGGAGUUGGAGGUGGAAAGAGUGGCUUCAAGAAGAGUGGACGGGCAAGAACAAGGACAACCCUAAGGAGGAUGGCGGCGGGGGUCAAGGGGAGGUGUGCUUCUACUACAAGAGGCGCGGACAUCGUUGGUGGAAAGCUGACCAGUGACCACGGUGGCGGUGGAGAGCAGCAAGUUUCUGGUCCUGCUGCAGAGGAGGGGUUGGAGGAUGAGUCGGCACGUGUGGACUCACCAAUCCAGCCCGAGCCUGCUGCAAACGCCAAGGUCACCAAGAGGAGUGUGCAGAGAGGAGCUUCACCACAUGGGAAGUAG